GGCAGCGGCCCCUCCUGCGGCGGCGGCGGCGGCGGGAGGACGCGCAGGCGGCGGCGGGAUGCGCGGCCCGGCCCGCGGCAGCUGUGAAUUAUAGUAGAAGAUUGAUAAUCUAUCAACGUUUGUCCAUACGUAGAAGAUGGGUGGAUUAAUUUCAAGAUGGAGGCAGGCAAAGCCUUCCACUGUAGAAGUAUUAGAAAAAAUUGAUAAGGAAAUACAGACAUUAGAAGAAUUUAGAGAAAAAAAUCAGAGACUCCAGAAGCUUUGGGUUGGACGGCUACUUCUCUACUCUUCACUUCUUUAUCUUAUCACCUGUUUAAUUGUGUAUUUGUGGUGUCUUCCUGAUGAAUGGACAGCAAGGUUGAUUAUGACACUUCCAUUUUUUGCAUUUCCACUGAUAAUCUGGUUUAUAAGAACACUGCUCAUUUUUUUCUUUUCCAAAAGGACCGAAAGGAAUAAUGAUGCAUUGGAAGAUUUAAAAUCUCAAAAGAAAAAAAUACUUGAAGAAGUAAUGGAGAAGGAAACCUACAAGACUGCAAAAUUAAUUCUUGAGAGAUUUGAUCCAGAAUCAAAUGCAAAGGAGGCUGAGCUCCCAUCUGCUGGAACAUCUGCAACCCCCAGACCUGGACAAGAAAUCCGUCAGAGGACCACCGCUCAAAGAAAUGCUUCUACGCCUUCUUCAGCAACUGCUAGACAAGGCUCUCCAAAAUCACCAGUUCCGGUAACAGCAUCUCCUAAUCUGCAGAGAGACCUAUCAGCUCUGAGCGGACCCCCAGAAAGAACUGUUGUGCCAUCCGUGCAAUCAAAUGUUUUACCAAGACGCCCUGGGUCCCCUGCUACUUCAGUGCCUGGAAUGGGUCUUCAUCCUCCAGGCCCUCCUUUAGCAAGACCUAUUCUUCCUCGAGAAAGAGGAGUUGUGGAUAGAGUUAUUGAAUAUUUGGUUGGUGAUGGUCCUCAGAACAGGUAUGCCCUAAUAUGUCAGCAAUGUUUUUCACACAAUGGUAUGGCUUUGAAGGAGGAAUUUGAAUAUGUAGCUUUUAGGUGUGCCUACUGCUUUUUCCUGAAUCCUGCAAGGAAAACUAGACCCCAAGCUCCACGACUUCCAGACUUCAGUUUUGAAAAAAAGCCACCUGCAGAACUGCAAUCUGAAACUGAGCCUUUGGAUAGUAGAAAGAGAAAGCUGCAGGAGAAUGAACAGACGGAAGAAUCUGAAGAAGCUGCUCAAAUCAUUGAGACAAAGCAGAUAGAUAACCAAGCCCCAAGUCUUGAGCUGCUAAAUGAUAGAUUAGCUGAAAAUGUUGAAAAAGAUGAAGCAGAAAGUGAAAUGGAGUUUUCAGCUGUUGAAACGGAUUCUGCUAUUUCAACUGAACAGAAUGAAGAAUCUUUAAUGAAAACAGAAUAAAAUACUUCAAGUGCCUUCUAUAGCUAGUUCUUUUAGCUUUGUUCAUGCCUGUUACUAUUCAGGUGAGCUUUUUUAAUGGUACAACUUAAAUAUUGCUUGAGCUUGAACUGCCUCACUGCCACAGUAUGUCAAAGCUAUGUUUAAAAAUGGGUGUUGUAAGUUAAGCAUGUGUCUUUAAAUGAGUUAACACACAGCAGAAUGUAUAGUUAUUUGAAGUCUAACAGUUGUAGCUAUUGUUCAGUUUUGCAUACUUAAACUAAAAAGUACAAGUUUAAGUGGCCUAUAAUUUGGUAUCCCUUUAGCUGUCAAACAAAGAGCAAUUUUGGCAGCAACUGACCUAGUAAAGUUUGGUCUAGUGAACUUAAGAUACUUUUUAAUGCUUUCCUGCUGAAAAUGAAUUGACUAUAUUUUAAAUACACAGAUGUUUACAAGCUGAAGUGUCAUCUAACAUUUGACUUAAGCAUAUGGAAAGUGUCAUUACGGUGAUAUCAAUGUUACUCGUUGUCUAACUUCUUGACAGAAUUCAGUUAAAUGGCACUCAGAUGAAUGGUAUUUCCUUUGGUAGUAUUUGCAUUGCAGAUGAACCGGAGGUGCACACAUACAAAGCUCUUUUUGUGUUUACAUAAUAUAGGAAGUCUGCACUUGAUUGUACUUGAAUACAAAGCACUAUUUAUACCUGUACAAUAAUGACAAGAUAAGUGGAUUUUGUGCCUUUUGUGUAUUUUGUUAAAGGAAAAUAAAGAUAUGUAGCAGCAGUA